AUGGAUGUUCGCUUCUACCCCGCCGCCGCGGGGGACCCCUCCGGCCUCGACUUCGCCCAGUGCUUGGGCUACUACAGCUACAACAAGUUUGGAAACAAUAACAACUACAUGAACAUGGCAGAAGCAAAUAAUGCCUUUCUUGCUGCAAAUGAGCAGACCUUCCACACCCCGAGCCUGGGCGACGAGGAGUUUGAGAUCCCGCCCAUCACGCCACCGCCCGAGGCCGAGCCCGGCUUGGGCAUGGCCGAUGUCCUGCUGCCCUUCGCGGGCCUGGGAGAGCAGCUGCCUACACCGGGCAGCGAGUUCACGCCGCAGUUUCCUCCGCAGAGCUUGGACCUGCCCUCCAUCACCAUCUCCCGGAACCUGGUGGAGCAAGACGGGGGCAUCCACAGCAACGGGCUGCACAUGGAUCAGAGUCACACGCAGGUUUCUCAGUAUCGCCAAGACCACUCGCUGAUCAUGAGGUCUAUCGUGCACAUGACGGAUGCGGCGCAUUCGGGAAUGAUGCCUCCUGCCCAGCUCACCACCAUCAACCAGUCUCAGCUAAGCACCCAGCUGGGACUCAAUUUAGGGGGCACGACCUUGCCACACACUUCUCCCUCCCCUCCUGCCAGCAAAUCGGCCACUCCUUCCCCGUCCAGCUCUAUCAAUGAGGAAGAUGCAGAUGAAUCAAAUCGGGCCACUGGAGAAAAAAGAGCUGCCCCAGAUUCUGGCAAGAAGCCCAAGACUCCAAAGAAGAAGAAAAAGAAAGAUCCCAAUGAGCCACAAAAGCCGGUGUCAGCAUAUGCGCUAUUCUUCAGGGAUACCCAGGCUGCAAUUAAAGGGCAGAACCCGAAUGCUACAUUUGGAGAGGUUUCAAAAAUAGUGGCCUCCAUGUGGGACAGUUUAGGAGAAGAACAAAAACAGGUGUAUAAAAGAAAAACUGAAGCUGCCAAAAAAGAAUACCUGAAGGCACUUGCUGCCUAUAGAGCAAGCCUUGUUUCCAAGGCGGCUGCAGAGUCUGCUGAAGCCCAGACCAUUCGCUCUGUCCAGCAAACGCUGGCAUCCACGAAUUUGUCUUCCUCCCUCAUUCUGAAUACUUCUCUUUCGCAACACCCAGGAGUAUCUGCAUCUCCUCAAACUCUUCAGCAGUCCCUUCCCAGGGCAAUUGCUCCCAAGCCUUUAACCAUGAGACUGCCCAUGAAUCAGAUUGUAGCUUCUGUUACCGUUGCACCAAACAUGCCCACAAACAUUGCAGCUCCGUUGAUGAGCUCUAUGGGUUCAAACAUGGUGCCAACGCCAUCAUCCUCUCAAGUAAGUCCCUCCAUGCAAAGCCAGCAGCACCAGAUGCAGCAGCUCCAGCAGCAGCAGAUGCAGCAGAUGCAACAGCAGCAGCUCCACCAGCAUCAAAUGCAUCAGCAAAUACAACAACAGAUGCAGCAGCAGCAUUUCCAGCACCACAUGCAGCAGCACUUGCAGCAGCAGCAGCAGCAUCUCCAGCAGCAGAUGAGUCAGCAGCAGAUGCAGCUGCAGCACAUGCAGAUGCAGCAGCAGAUGCAGCAGCAGCUGCAGCACAUGCAGCACCAGUCGCAGCCUUCCCCGCAGCAGCAGCACUCUCCGGUGGCCUCUCAGAUCACCUCUCCCAUCCCGGCGCUGGGGAGCCCGCAGCCGGCACCUCAGCAGCACCAGGCACAAAUACAGCCUCAGGCACAGACUCAAGUAUUAUCACAGGUCAGUAUUUUCUGAAGAUAAAUGAUGCUGCGACGUCGCUGUGCGUUUAUCGAGGGGGGCUAGGGGUAAACCAUAUUUGGCUGGAAACUGUAAAUUGUUGAUGGUUGUUAUGCAGGGAUGCAUAACAGAUCAAAUGAUCCUCUAAAGUGUCUAUUAGAUAGGCAAUAAAGAACUACAAUGUAGCUGUGUAUCAUCUUUUAGCUGACUAUAAAUCAUCUUGUUUUUGUUUUGUUUCUUUUUUUUAAAAAAAAGCUGUGCUCUUUUUUCAUGUGAUGCCUUUUUAAUUUAUUUAAGCUUUACCUACAAUAUGUGAAUCAAAUGGCCUGAUAAAUACCUGGACCUUAUGACUGCAAAAUGGUCUUUCAGAGUUAUAUAAUAUAACCCUUGCUUCUCUAAAAGUGAAUGAUGCACUUGAAGGCAGUAGGAACUCAUGAGACCCUUAAAGCACAGUUGUAACUACCUGUAAAAUGGUGAUUGGAUUUCAUACAGUCAUACUUGUAUGACAUGAGUUAGUUGAUGGCAUUUUUUGUCAUGAAAAAAAUGGAGUAAGUCACAGAUUUUUGCCAAAGCUCUUAAUUUUUUCCUCCUUAAAUGUCUUCGGAAAAACAAAUGCAAGUCACUAAACUUAAAUGUUGGACCCAUCCUUUCACUUCGUUUCUCCAAAUACCACCAUGACAAAAUAGAAAUGACGGUUACCCUGUUACGUUAAUUCCGGUUACGGAACAAAUGUGAAUAUUAUAUUCUGUGUCGAAGUGAUGAGUUUCAGAUUUAAUACACU